UCACAAUGAGCUAAGAGAAGGAAAGGAUAGCUCAUCUUGCAUUGCAGUAUUGCUUUGGCUACUUUUGCAAGACACACCUGAUAGCAUAUUCUGAAUGACUUGUGCAGCGGAAGAACUAGUGUAUGUACAAAGAUGAGGUUCAGCUGGGGCUUGACUCUCCUGUUGAUUCUGGACAUGGGUCCUCUUAAUGCCUUUUGGUGGACCAGUCAAGGUGUCACAGAGGGCCCCACAGUGGACAAAGACAGUUCUGCCAGUGGAACGACCAGUGAGGACAAGGACAUUGGUGAUGUAGGUUCAGAUAUCAUAGAUGUAGCCAGAGGGAUCCAAGGAUUUGUGCAGAACUGGGACGAGAACCCAACUGUGAAAUGGAAUAGUGCUGUCACCUGGACACCUGGUAUCUCCUCGAAGGAUGGCCAUUCGAAAAGGGAAGAGAGUGGAGUCUCCCUGCUGCAACUUAUUGGAAGCGCUCCGCCUGAAGAGAUCACCCAGGCUCCAGGCCCAAAUAGACAAAUCGCUUACCUCUUCACAAAGGAUACCAACACAGGGCAGAUGGCACUUGCCCACUUUCCCACUCAUUUCUACCGAGACUUCUCUCUUGUGUUCCACUUGAAGCCCACCUCUGAUGAUGCUGGGGUCCUCUUCUCCAUCACAGACUCCAAUCAAAAUAUCAUGUACGUGGGGGUCAAGCUCUCUGCUGUGGAGGAUGGUAAAAGGAAAGUUAUUUUUUAUUACACAGAGCCUGAUUCAGAUAGAUCUCAAGAGGUGGCCAACUUUGAGGUGGCACACCAGCCUCUAGUGUGGAGUCGCUUCUCUCUGGCAGUUAAUAUGGACCAAGUUUCUUUCUACGAGGACUGUGAUACUGAGCCCAAGGUGGUAAAGUUUGUGCGCUCACCUGAUGACUUGGAGCUGGAGACAAACUCCAGGAUCUUUGUUGGACAAAGUGGAGCUGAUGACCCAGACAAAUAUCAAGGCAUGAUCUCAGAGUUAAGAGUGGUUGGAAACCCACGGGCUGCAGAGCGUCAAUGUGAUGAAGCUGAUGAUGAUGACAAUGAUGGUUCUGGAGACAACGGAAGUGGAAUAGAGGACAUAGUGGAUGUAAAACAUAAUUUAGGUAGUGGGUCUGGACAUCCUGGCUCCAAAGGUGAUCGUGGGUCUCCAGGACCACCUGGACCGCCUGGGCCCCAGGGUCCAUUAACAGAAUUGAUCAAAUCGGGGAAUAAAAGCAUGGUGAGGGUGCAGGGUCCAAUGGGCCCAUCAGGUCCAGAGGGCCCAGUGGGUCCAAAAGGCUCAAAGGGGGAGCCAGGUAAACCAGGAGAGAAUGGCAAACUUGGCUCUGAAGGACCUCGAGGUUUUCAAGGACUACCAGGUUCUAUAGGACCUCAAGGGCAAAAGGGACAGAAAGGAGAAGGACAUCAAGGCCCUAGAGGUCCACCUGGGCCACCUGGACCUCCUGGACCCUCAAUUUCAGACAGGACUACAUUUGGGGAUAUGGAGGGUUCUGGAUUGCAGGGUUUAUGUUGUCCUUCUGGUCCACCUGGGCCUCCUGGGCCCCCUGGGCCCCCAGGACCAGACUGGGGAAUUGGAUCAGAAUUAGAGUCCACUGAAAUUGGCCCCACUGGUCCUCCUGGACAAAAUGGGACCACUGGGCGUCCUGGGCUUCCAGGUCGACCUGGAAAACCUGGUCCUCCUGGUCCCCCGGGCCAAAAGGGAGACUGUGGUGAGCUAGGGGAAAAGCAAAGCUCCUCCUCUGCUGUCUCUUUUUUCUCCAAUUGGUUUCCUUCCUGGGAGACUAGUGGGACACAGGGUCCACAGGGUUCAUCAGGGAUCCUAAGGCAGGAAGGUCUGACUGGGCUGCCUGGGCCCAUGGGACCUCAAGGACCUCAAGGACCUCCAGGGCCCCCUGGACCUGCAUUCCGAAUUACUAGUGAUGGGAAAGAAAAAGAAGUUGCUCUUCAAUACAUUCCAGGAGUCAUGGGCCCACCAGGUCCACAGGGGCCUCAGGGGAUACCUGGACUACCGGGCAAAGCUGGUUUUCCGGGUAUUCCAGGCCAGAAAGGCGACGAAGGUCAAAGAGGACGAGAGGGAAUCUCAGGGUUAGAUGGCUUUCCAGGAAAAAUAGGGCUAAAGGGGGAAAGAGGAUGGAAAGGUGACAAAGGUGAUCCUGGUCGUGUGGCAGGACCUCCAGGGCCACCAGGUCCUCCAGGACAAAUGAUCUAUAUUAAUGGCAGUGAGGAGGAAAAAUAUGCAAUUCCUGGACCACAGGGAGAACCUGGUAUAGCUGGUCAGGCAGGAUUUCCUGGACCAAUGGGUCCAAAAGGUGAUAUGGGGGAACCUGGGCUACCAGGAGACUCUAUCAAGGGUCAGAAGGGUGAACCUGGUCUAAUCUAUGACUCCAGUGGUAGCCCCAUUUAUAUGGGAGGGCCUGCUGGACAGCUGGCCGAGCCAGGACUUCCAGGACCAGAGGGACCUAUGGGACCAGUGGGGCCACCUGGACCAAAAGGUGAAAUUGGAUUACCAGGCAGAUCCGGUCGACCUGGUCUAAAUGGAAAAAAGGGGGCAAAAGGUGAUUCAGGUGGAGGAUAUGGUAAUGGCUAUCAGGGACCCCCUGGUCCACCUGGGCCACCCGGUCCUCCUGGAACUCCAGCUUCUGUGGAAAGAUUUAAUGGUUAUGAUGAUGGCAGCUCAAGGUUUCCCUUUGCUAUCAAAGGGGACAAGGGUGAAAGAGGAGCAUCUGGCAUCCCUGGCUUGCCAGGUCUCACUACCACCUUUGACAUUUAUACAUUUAAGCAUGAGAUGAAAGGUGAGCAUGGUCCUAAAGGGGAGAAGGGAGAACCAGGAGGAGGUUUCUACGACCCUCGUCAUGGUGGAUUACAAGGUCCACCUGGAAGACCUGGACCACCGGGUCCUAGAGGUGAAUCUAUUAGUGGACCUCCAGGUCCCUCUGGGCCUUCUGGAGCCCCAGGAAUUGGUUAUGAGGGUCGCCCAGGUAGUCCUGGCCCACCAGGUCCACCUGGACCACCGGGAUCAUUGCUGCCAGGAGCAUACAGACCCUCACAAACAAUCACUAUUCCUGGGCCACCUGGACCACCUGGACCUCCUGGAGUCCCUGGAUAUUUAUCUCGGGUUAUGGUUUUGAGGUCUUUUGACGCCAUGGCUGCAUCAACUAUUCAGCAUCCAGAAGGCACGCUAAUCUAUGUAACAGACAAGAAAGAACUUUUUAUGAGAGAAGAGGAUGGUGUCAGAAAAGUCCUGCUUGGAGAAUAUACCCCUUUCCACCGGGGUCUGGAUAAACAGAUGGAAGCAGUGGAGCCUCCACAAGUGGUUCACUACUCUCAGGACUACCCCACUACCUCUCGCCCAAGAGCCCCUCCACAACCAGAAGCCCUGUAUCCUGUGCCACAUGAUCCCAGAUACCAGCCAUCAUAUGACCCAUACCACAGACAUACAGAUCCACACUCCUUUUCAGAUCCACGGUACUCGCCAUCAGUCGACCCAAUUUACCAGCACUAUCCUGAUUCCAGAAAGCACAUUCACGGCAGCCACCCGGAUCAGUCUGGCUAUCCUGACAGAAGAUAUGAACGUACGCAUCACCUCAGGCCUGUCAUUGAAGAAGCCAAGCUUCCAGCUCACACACACACAGCAGGCCAUACACUGCACCUGAUUGCUCUCAACUCACCCCAACGGGGCGACAUGCGGGAUAUUAGAGGUGUAGACCACCAGUGCUUCUUACAGGCACAAGCAAUUGGGCUCAAAGGAACAUUCAGGGCUUUUCUGUCAUCCCGGUUACAGGACCUACACAGUAUUGUUCGAAAGAAUGACAGGGAUCUGUUUCCUAUAGUAAAUCUUAAAGAUGAGGAAUUAUUCAGCAACUGGGAGUCUAUCUUUAGUGACUCAGAGGGCAGAUUGAAUGAUGAUGUGCGCAUCUACUCAUUUGAUGGUCGAGAUGUUCUCAAUGAUGAUGCCUGGCCAGAGAAGAUGGUAUGGCAUGGAUCAAGCACUGGUGGAAACAGGCAAACAGACAGCUACUGUGAAACCUGGCGAACUGGUAGUCAUGCCGUCACUGGCAUGGCUUCCUCUCUCCAAGAUGGCUACCUACUUCAGCAGUUGCCACGUGGCUGCGCCAGCUCUUUUAUCGUACUGUGCAUUGAGAACAGCUACAUUGCUGAGUAAACCAAAAACGUGUGCAAGACCAAAAUUUGCCUUGAGUCACACCACAAACUGUAUGUAUGUUCAUCUACAUGCAUUUUAAAAUUCUGACAAUUUAUUUUGUAUGUAUUAACUGCUGUGUGACUGUCAUCAGUAUAUCAAAAAUAUACAUUGUUCCUCCUUACACCAUAAGCUUUACAACAAACAUUUUAUCAUUGCAGAAAAUAUGCAAUUUAGAAAAUUUGACUAAAUUCACUGUUUUAUAUUUUUUUUAUAUAAAAAU